CCGCCCGCGCGCGCGCGCGUGCGCAGAGCCGGCGCGUUGACGGUUGGGCUCGAGCCGUCCGUUGAUCCCCUUUCCCCGAUCGCCUCAACCGCCACUCCCUCCUCCUCCUCCCUCCCUCCCUCAGGAAGCGAAUGGUGUCGGGCGGGAGGCGAGCGACGGCUUGAGGCACGCGCUUCGGCUCGAGUCCGGCUUCGACAAUGCCGAGUAACAAGUCCGAGAAGUUGGACCGGGUUGAGACCUGCGAUAAUGUGAUGGUGGUGCGUUGCCGGCCGAUGAAUGAGAAGGAAAAACACAUGAGCUACAAGCAAGCGGUACUGGUUGAUGAGAUACGUGGGACUAUCACAGUCUACAAGACAGAUGCUGCCAACGAACCACCUAAAACAUUCACUUUUGAUACAGUUUUCAGUCCCGAAAGCAAGCAAGUGGAUGUGUAUAAUCUCACAGCAAGGCCAAUCGUCGAUUCUGUUCUUGAAGGAUACAAUGGAACCAUUUUUGCUUAUGGACAGACUGGAACUGGAAAGACAUUCACCAUGGAAGGAGUGCGGGCUGUGCCUGAACUGAGAGGAAUUAUUCCUAAUUCAUUUGCUCAUGUAUUUGGCCACAUCGCAAAAUCUGAAGGGGAUACCAGGUUUCUGGUGCGAGUAUCCUAUCUAGAGAUUUACAAUGAGGAAGUCCGCGACCUUCUUGGGAAAGAUCAGACUCAGAGGCUAGAGGUUAAGGAAAGACCUGAUGUUGGGGUGUACAUUAAAGAUCUCUCUGGAUAUGUUGUGAACAAUGCGGAUGACAUGGACCGUAUCAUGACUUUGGGCAACAAAAACCGUUCUGUCGGGGCCACAAAUAUGAAUGAACAUAGUUCCCGUUCUCAUGCUAUCUUCACCAUCACUAUCGAGUGCAGUGAGAAGGGAGUCGAUGGGAAUAUGCAUGUUCGCAUGGGCAAGCUGCACCUUGUCGACCUGGCAGGUUCAGAAAGGCAAGGAAAGACUGGCGCCACAGGACAACGGCUAAAGGAAGCAACAAAGAUCAAUCUCUCAUUGUCUACUCUGGGUAAUGUCAUCUCUGCUCUUGUUGAUGGCAAGAGUACACAUGUCCCAUACCGCAAUUCCAAACUGACCCGUCUGCUCCAGGACUCGCUGGGAGGCAACUCGAAGACCAUGAUGUGUGCGAACAUUGGCCCAGCGGACUACAAUUAUGAUGAAACCAUUAGUACUUUACGAUAUGCAAACCGAGCCAAGAAUAUCAAGAAUAAGGCCAGGAUUAAUGAGGACCCCAAAGAUGCCCUGUUGCGUCAGUUUCAGAAGGAGAUUGAGGAACUCAGGAAGAAAUUGCUGGAAGGGGAAGAAAUCUCUGGUUCAGAUCUCACUGGCUCCGAAGAUGAUGACGAGGAAGGUGAAGAAGGAGAAAAUGGAGAGAAAAGAAAGAAACGAAGAGAUCAACCAGGAAGGAAGAAGGUGUCUCCUGAGAAGAUGGUAGAAAUGCAGGCGAAGAUCGAGGAGGAGAGGAAAGCUCUUGAAGCUAAGCUGGACAUGGAAGAGGAGGAGAGAAACAAAGCCAGAGCAGAGCUGGAGAAGAGAGAGAAAGACCUGUUAAAAGCACAGCAGGAGCAUCAGACGCUGUUGGAGAAACUGUCAGCUCUGGAAAAGAAGGUGAUUGUGGGAGGAGUAGAUCUCUUGGCCAAGGCUGAAGAACAGGAGAGACUCCUGGAGGAAUCGAACUGCGAGCUGGAGGAACGCCGCAAAAGAGCCGAGCAACUCCGGAAAGAGCUGGAGGAAAAAGAGCAAGAACGUUUGGACAUUGAGGAGAAGUACACCAGUCUACAAGAGGAAGCCCAGGGAAAGACUAAGAAAUUGAAGAAAGUUUGGACGAUGUUGAUGGCAGCAAAGUCUGAGAUGGCAGACUUGCAGCAGGAGCACCAGCGUGAGAUUGAGGGGCUACUGGAGAACAUCCGGCAGCUGAGCAGAGAGCUACGUCUCCAGAUGCUCAUCAUUGACAAUUUCAUUCCGCAAGAAUAUCAGGAGAUGAUUGAGAAUUACGUACACUGGAAUGAAGACAUUGGAGAGUGGCAGCUGAAAUGCGUGGCCUACACAGGAAACAACAUGAGAAAACAGACCCCAGUUCCAGAUAAAAAAGAAAAAGAUCCCUUUGAAGUGGAUCUGUCCCACGUUUACCUGGCAUACACUGAGGAGAGUCUUCGACAAUCAUUAAUGAAGCUGGAGAGACCCAGAACCUCAAAGGGAGGCAAAUCCAGACCCAAAACUGGCAGAAAGAAAAGAUCUUCAAAAACUGAAGCUGGAAUUGACUCCCUUCUUCAGUGAGCAGGGCACCCGGCCGAAUAAGGUGGACGGACCAGCUUUUAGACGGAAAAUGUUUCCUGACAAUGAAGAAUGAUCACUGUACAAAGAACAAAAUGGCAGCUUGAUGCCAAAGCACUGAGUCUCGAACCAUACACGCUGGGGUCUCAUUUGAGGUAUUAAUAUGAAACGUGCCGUCAUUGAAUUUCUAAAACCAAAGUGCUGUAUUCUUCAGUUGAUGAUUUAGAAAUGUCAUUAUUACACGUAUCAUAUUCAGAAGUGGAUUUUGAGAAACACUCCCAAAUUUGACCUGACUAACUGUGAGAAGAGAUGGAAAAGAACCAGGGCUUGAAUUUAAUGCUACCCGAUAAAGUGAAAAAUACUAGGGUUUUUUGGUGAUAGUUGGUCAGUCUUCCAGUUGCUAUCAAAAGGUUGGUAGCGGAUGUUUACAACCCAAUGUUUUAGAAUCCCACUAUUUAGUCUUCAUUUAGUUCUUGUCAUUGGUCUUGGUAUGUAUUCCAUUUGGGUUUUUACUUGUGGAAUAGAGAAUGUGACAAUGGCACUUAAACUAUAAACACAAAUUGUGCUACUACCUGUGAAAGAAAUUAGAUUCAAACCCUGAUUUAAAGUUUUCACAUUGAAUGAAUUGAAAGGACUUCGACUUCUGAAAUGUACCAAAACAUGCAACUUCAGGAUAAAGUAGUUUUCGCUGUGAUCGAGCUAAUCUGUUCAACCCAAUUUGGCUGUAGCUUUAUGUUUAGUUUUGUUCUGCGAGACGCAGUUGAGCCCUCAAGGUUUGCACAAAAGAUUGAUUUUAAAAUAUUCCCAUUUGCCUUUUAUUUCAACUGACUGUUUGCACUAGAUUCUUUUGCUUUUUACUGAUCGAUACACAAGUAGAGCGAUAGGCUUAUAGAUUUAACAUUAAAACUGAAAUAAAUUUAUUAGUGAUAAUAAAAAUAUCAGGCAGGUCAUUCAUUUAAUAAAACAUUAAGACUCUUUCAGCUAUUUGAACAGUCAGUUAAGUGAAAUAAGCUUUCAAUCAAUUUUAUUAAGUAUAGGAUUUGCUGCUUCAGACAUGUUUGUGGGCAUCAUUAAAGAAUAUUUCUGUUUACAAUAAUUCAUCCAGUACUAAAAUAUGGACCCCUAUUUGCUUUAUGAUCUGUAACUAUCAGAUUGCUGUGAUUUCUCAUGCAGCUUAUAGCCAUUUGUUAAUUGGAACGUGGAAGAGAGAGGAGGAACUUUUAACACAGCCCAACAUCAAGAAUGGUUUAGAGCAGUGGUGGGCAACCGUUUUGGUUGGCGAACCGAAUAAAUGCUUCUUUGCUUAUUCAGUAGCUACUGGAAAUAAAACGUUGAAUAAACACAGACUUACCUAGACUGGUGUGAGUGAGUGUCAGGAUACUUCCUGACAUCUCUGUAGGCCAUGUGUUGGUCACCACCGGUUUAGAGUAAUCAAAUGUCAGACUUUACACUCACACUGUCCUCCAGAAUAGCUCGUGCGUGAAGAUACGAUUGUGCGUCCAAUUUUUUUUCAUUGAGAACCAAAAUUCUCAUAUAUCCUAUUAUCUUCAGAAUAUUAUUUGAAUGGAAAUUCAAUGCUGAAAUGCUUUUAUUUCACAGAGAAAGGAAAGGGCCUUUGUUCAUUGAUCAGUCGUGCGUCAGGCAUAUUUGGUUUUCCUGUUUUUUUUUAAAAAAAUAUCCAAUUGCCCUUGGCUGCUUGUCAAACACAUCUUCUUAUCCUCUUGCAUAUCUCAAUUUAGCAGUAGGCAUUAAGUGCAAUGAUGUUGCGUGACAUGUACACAAUAUGAGAGUUUGUCACUGUGUUUCAAUGAUGUGUACAUGGAUGUAUUUGUCUGUUACUGUGACAAAGUGUUGUAAAAUGGUUAAAAAUCAUUAGCAUGGUUCUUUUAAAAGCACUCCAUUCUAGGGGUUUGCAUGAGGCACUUUUUGGUUAGCGAGCACCUGAAUAAACCUAAACCUAUCUUGAGGUCCUUUACUUUAUCUGCAAGUGACGUCAGUGCAAAUAGCACAGUGCCUUCUUGCUACCACUUAUAGUAAUCUACACAUGUUCUGGUGAACUCCACACCAGUGUAGUUGCUUAUCCUAAUACUAGGUUGUAUAGUGUGAUUAAUGGAGAGGUCCCUAGGUUGUGCGUUUCUUAAUUUUGUUGGGACUGACAUCUCCAAAGAUUUUCUUGUGAUUCAGUACACUAGAUUCAGGAGCGGUGAAGCAAGCUCCAGACAAACUUGUUUUUUUUAAACAAAAUGGUUAUUUCUGUGUAAUCUGUUAUGUAUAAAUUGUGCAAUGUGUGUUGUACAUAUGAGAACUUGUAUAUGUAUAUAUACAGCAUGUUAAUGUCAUAAAUAAAGAAACCUCUAUACAA